AUGGGUGUCCCAGCGCUUUUUCGUUGGCUUUCCAAUAAGUACCCAAAAAUCAUCUCCCCCGUUAUCGAGGAACAACCAUAUGAGUUCAAUGGCGAAACAAUCCCGGUUGAUACGACGAAGCCAAACCCCAAUGGCGAAGAAAACGAUAACCUGUAUCUGGACAUGAAUGGCAUUGUCCAUCCAUGUACCCAUCCUGAAGGCAAACCUGCGCCGGCAAACGAACAAGAGAUGAUGCUAGAAAUUUUCCGCUACACUGACCGCGUGGUUAACAUGGUUCGGCCAAGAAAGCUUUUGAUGAUAGCUGUUGACGGUGUUGCCCCUCGUGCCAAGAUGAAUCAACAGCGCUCUCGUCGAUUCCGUUCCGCCCAAGAAGCCAGAGAAAACGACCAAAAGAAGGAGGAGUUCCAAAAGCUUCUCGCACGACAGAAUGCUGCUAAGGGGAUAAACUCGGAUAGUGAUAUUAAAGAACAGGUGAUUCAAAAAACUUGGGAUAGUAACGUUAUCACACCCGGCACACCAUUUAUGGAUAUUCUGGCUGCGUCGCUGCGCUACUGGAUUGCUUAUAAGCUGAACACCGACCCUGCAUGGGAAAAGUUGAAAAUUAUUAUAAGUGAUGCAACUGUUCCGGGAGAGGGUGAACACAAGGUCAUGAAUUUUAUUCGCUCGCAACGACAAGACCCCAGCCAUAACCCCAACACACACCAUGUUUUAUACGGUCUGGAUGCGGACUUGAUUAUGUUAGGUCUUGCAACUCAUGAACCACACUUUCGAGUACUUCGUGAAGAUGUCUUUUUUCAAGAGUCAAAGCCCAGAACUUGCCAGCUUUGCGGCCAACCAGGCCACAAAGCCGAGGAGUGCAGAGGCCAGGCAAAAGAGAAAAACGGUGAUUUUGAUGAAAAACAGAAGGCUGUAGCUCAGAAACCAUUUAUCUGGCUGAAUGUCUCUGUACUGAGGGAAUACCUUGCAGUCGAGCUUCAGGUAACACAGCAGCGUUUCCCUUUCGAUCUUGAACGAGCCCUCGAUGACUGGGUAUUCAUGUGUUUCUUCGUUGGUAAUGAUUUCUUGCCGCAUCUCCCGUCUUUGGACAUCAAAGAAAAUGCAAUUGAUCUUUUGAUCUCUAUCUGGCGGGAGUGCAUUCCACUUAUGGACGAUUAUGUGACGAAGGAUGGUAUUGUUAACUUCAAAAAUGCGCAACUCAUUCUAGCUGGGUUGGCAAAGCAAGAAGGUGCAAUCUUCAAGAGAAGAAAACAGGCAGAGGACAGAAAGGCUGCUAAUGAGCGGCGCAGAAAAGAAGAAGAGAAGACGCGCAAUGAGGAACGAUCGCAAAAGCGGCGAAGAAGCUCUCCAGGUUAUGCAGCAGGCGAUCCUAUUGCUUCCACUACGCCAAACAAAGCACGAAAACAAAAGGAUGGUUUUAUCGCAUCAACAGAGGUGGCCUUGAUUACUCCAAGCCGAGGACACUUGGAUAAGGAGACGAGACAAUUAACACACAGCAUGGUCGUUAACCGCACGGCUGUGUACAAAGCUAAUGCGGCAAACAAAAGCGCUGCUGCCGCACUAAAAAGUCAGCUAAUGAAAGGUACAUUGGGAGCUCGUGAUGAAAAUAGAUCUUCCAAUGGCAGUGGUUCAGGUGAAGAGGGCGCAGCUCUAGAUGAUUCGCAAGAACCAUCGCCAUCUGUCUUGGGUAAGAGAAAGGUUGAAGAACUGGAUGAUGCGGAGUCUGGCACUCCGGGCAGAGAUUCGCCAGUAGCAGCUGCUCCAGCAAAGCCAACCGAUGAACUCCCUCCUGAUACGGUACGUUUAUGGGAGGACGGAUAUACCGAGCGGUAUUACGAACAGAAAUUCCAUGUCGAACCUAGUGAUAUGGAAUUUCGACAUAAGGUUGCAAGAUCUUACGCCGAAGGUCUGCAGUGGGUCCUUCUCUACUACAUGCAAGGCUGUCCGUCGUGGACUUGGUACUAUCCGUACCACUAUGCUCCCUUUGCGGCAGACUUUGUUGACAUUGAGAACCUGGAGUUGAAGUUUGAGAAAGGCAAGCCAUUCCGGCCGUUUGAGCAGUUGAUGGGAGUCCUGCCAGCGUCGUCCAAUCAUGCCAUUCCAGAGAUUUUCCAUGACCUGAUGUCAGACCCCAACAGCGAAAUCAUUGACUUCUACCCCGAAGACUUUCCCGUGGAUCUCAAUGGCAAGAAAUUUGCCUGGCAAGGCGUUGUCUUACUGCCAUUUAUAGAUGAGAAUCGGCUGCUUGCUGCGAUGGAAAAGAAGUAUCCACAUCUCAGUCCAGAUGAGCAAGCCCGGAACACGGUUGGAAGAGACGUUCUAUUGAUUUCCGAUCAACAUCCUCUAUAUCAAGAGCUUGUGGGGAACUUUUAUUCCAAAAAACAGGGUGCCCCGAAGUUCACUCUAAACAUGCGCACUAGUGAAGGACUCGCUGGAAAAAUCGAAAAAGAUGAUAACUAUAUACCUCACAGCUCUUUAUCUCCUCCUUGUGAUGUGGAUAUGCCGACACUUGACGAGGAUAAAUCUAUGAUGGUCAACUAUGAAAUACCGAAAUCAGUCCACCUUCACAAGUCCAUGCUUCUUCGGGGAGUCCGCUUUUCUCCCCCAGCAUUGGACCAGGGAGAUAUUAAUACUGUUAAGUCAAGAUGGCGAUACGGAAUGCGACCUUUCUCAGGUGGCUCAAGGCCUGGUAGAGGAGGCGGUCAAUACAAUCAGCAGCAGGGUGCUGGAGCUGGCAGACCGAACAUGAACGACCGACAGAAUCCGUUUGCAGCUCAUCUUGAUCCUUCAUUCGUCCCACCACCUCAGGUUGGCGGCGCUAGAGGAUGGGCACCCCCGCCUGUAGGUGGUGCUGGUUACUCUUACGGCCCUCCACCUCCUCCACGCGGUGGCAAUUACGAAUACCCGCCUCCUUCACAGGGCUACAAUAGUGCUGGUUACUAUGGUCAAGGGAACGGCUACUUUCAAGGCCAGAAUCAGUACGGCUAUCCUGCCCAACCCACGCAGUAUGGCCAGCAGAACUUCCACAAUGGUCCAGAAGGUGGCGGUGGUGGUCCUCGCCAUGGUGAUUCUCGGGGAUAUAACAAUGAUCGAGGCGGCAACCAAUCCUACAACCGUGGUGGCUACUCUUCAAGGCGCGAUUACGGUUAUGAUCGUUACUAA